UUUGAAAAACCAAAUUUCUACGUUGUCGUGCUUGUGCAUUGCGCUCUCUGGACAAACGCCCCGUGACGCAUACCACCGUAAUUGCCCUCGUUAUUUUGCCGUUCCCGUCUAGAUCCCUGCCCAUAGUCUCUCAUGGCCUUCGCGCUUCAACGGACCGCACUCCUCACAGCGGUAGUCGCGGCGGUCGCUCUGCUUCUAGGACUGUUGCUACCGUCGGUUCAAGCAUCAGCUGGUGUCGCGUCUGUAAGCGCGCCGAUGAACGGCACGACUCCGACUCAGUACCGCACGAGCGCCGCUGCUCUCGCGUGCAGCCGGUCUCCCGUUGUUGGCUUCGCGAAGAAAGUCACGCUCAAACCGGGGGUCGUGCGCGGGAACACGCUCCGCGCGGCGAUCAUUGCGCAGGCCAGCAGCGGCGCGAAGAACGGGUGGAUCUCGAUCGCGUGGACCAAGAGCGCGGGGAAAAUGUACCCCGCAGACGCGGUCGUGGGGAAUCUUCCCGCGCCGACGGCAGUUAAGGCGUAUGCAAUGACCGGCUACAGCUCGUCGGCUGUAGUGCCGACAUCGGCGUUCGCGGUGACGGCGACGACUGUAGCGAGGAAAUCUCGAUCCACUGUUAUCCGGUUCACACGCAGCGGCUCGUCCGGUCUGUCGCCGAUCAACUACGCUGGCAGCAACAACAUCGUCUGGGCUUACUCGUCCUCAGGCUCUCAAACCCUCGCCUACCAUGGGGGAAACUGGGGAUCUGGGACUAUCAACCUGGCUUGCAGUGUCUGAGGGAUUUUUUCCGUGAGUUCAUCUCGGCUACGUUCGGUUGGCGAGGUUUUCUUGUGGCUCGCUCGCUAUGCUGUAUUGGCUUCCUCGAUCAGAGGCGAUCUCCUUGAUCGUCCCCUAAUGUUUGCAAUGAGCUAACUAUGCGGUUCUAAUCAUGUGCUAUACUUUUUAUAGAGUA